GUCACACUAUGUCAAUACAAAUCAAUAAUGAUGGCUGACGGUGAUAACAUGGAAUUUCAAAAUUUUAAGUAUUAAUUAAAAAAUGUUUAAACCUUUCUAACGAAAAUUUGGAAGUAGCACUGCAAUCAUAUUUAAACAGGUUUCUAGAAAGACGUAAUCCAUCUCGGGCUAUUAUUCCGGUUAAAAUCCAAUCUUUCAAAUUAUGGCUGCUAUUCUAAACAUAGGCAAAACCAGGAACCCAAAUUUCCUGUAGAAAAAUAGAAGAAGAGGUAGCAGUUUCAAAAAUAAAAGUGCAAAAAAAAGAAAAUUUAAACCGUAUAAGGAAUCAAUAUUAACGGGACUACCUCCAUUGAGGAGCAGCCGCAACUAGACGGUAACGGUGACCUAACCCCUAGCGAGGGUGCAGGUGCCGAUAUGGAGCAUGACUUGCCGGUGGACGACGAGCCGAUUUUGAUGCUCGAAUUUGUCGAUGAGGUCCAUCAUAAAUCGAUGUUGAAGAGUUUGAACAUGAUGCGUCGGAAUCGACACUUCUGUGACGUCAUCCUACACGUCGGAAAUACAGAAAUUCAUGCGCAUAGAGCCGUAUUGGCUAGCGCCUCUCCAUAUCUGUUCGAACUGUUUAAUACAGAUCAAGAGCAAAACCAACAGUCCAGGUUGGAAAAUGUGAUCACUUACAAGCUAAAUGGCGGCUUUGAUCCAAACGCUUUAGAAAUACUCACUGAUUACGCUUAUACUGCGAAGCUUAUUGUUAAAUAUUGCCAGGUUAAAGCAGUAUUCCUUGCCGCCAGCCUCCUAAAGAUGGAUCGCGUUGUGAAAAUAUGCGCCAAACAUUUAAUCAAACAUCUCUCAGUGGAUAACUGUGUUGAAAUCCGUUCUUUACCGGGUAUAGCGAAAAACAAGGAUUUCAUACAACAAAUCGAUAACUUUAUCUCAAAAAAUUUUUCUGAAAUUGUGAAAGGCAACAACCUACUCAAUAUUCACUGCGCCAAAAUCGAAGUUCUGAAUCAAUCAAAAGAAGAGAUGUCGUUUGUAAAUCCUAGUUCUCUAUGUCGAUUAGUGCUUGAAUGGAUUAAGAAACAAAUGGCUGAAGGGGCAAUGAGUAAAGAUAAUUUAGCCGAGAAAACUUUCAUGUUAUAUUUGGCUAUUGAUAAUAGUUUGCAAGAUUGUAUGACAUUACCUUCAGGUGACGUGAGCGAUACGGAAAUCGUACAGGACUAUAAAAAACUUUCCCUCAAAAAUCCUACAGGGAAUAAAGUAAACAAAAAGAAGUUUUUGGGUCAACCCUCAAAACCAAGGGUGUUGAUCUAUAAUCGGGAAAUUGGGGAAGAGUUGGAGAGUGAAAUCGAGCCAGAUUGGAACUUGAUCGCUUGUGAGAUUGUUGGAGAACAUAGUUUUUUGGCUCUGGUUACUUUGGCAGGCAAAUUAGCAAACUUAUCCAUACAGUUAAGGCUAAAUCCACCUCAAACGCCUUCACCCACUCAAACCCCCGCUGCUAGUCGAUCACAAAGCGAGGAAAAGCCUGAUUUAUACUGCGCACUGACCAAUAUGACGUCGCAAAGAUGCGCGCAUGGAUGCGCAAAUUAUAAUAACACUCUUAUUGUAUGUGGUGGUUACGACAGGGUCGAAUGUCUGCGCGCAUGCGAACAAUAUUUCCCCGAUUUAAAUUCGUGGAAAAACUUACCUGCUAUGAGAGAGAAUCGGGGUAGAUUUAAGAUCGCCGUUGUUGAUAAAAAGGUGUACGCGAUCGGUGGUAGUAACGGAACCACCGAACUGGAUUCCGUGGAGAUGCUCGAUAUGGAAAACAUCACUAACGGAAAAUGGGUCAAAAUGCCGCGCAUGUCCGUUGCGAGAAGCAACUUGGGCGUGACCGAGUUGAAUGGUCUAAUCCAUUGCGUGGGUGGAUGGAACGGACAAGUGGGAUUGAAACAAUGUGAUACUUUCAAUCCGGAAACACAGGAGUGGACUCCUAUGGCACCUCUAAAUACAGGUCGGUAUCAAGCUGGAGUAAGCGCCUUUAAAAAUUUGGUUUACGCCAUUGGCGGGUGUGACUCCUGGAAUUGCCUUGCAUCAGUUGAAGUUUACAAUCCUGAGGAUAAUACGUGGGAAGUUUCGAAACCCAUUAAUACAGCAAGGAGAGGUUGUGGUGUUGCUGUAUUCCAGGAUAAAUUAUACGUUGUUGGGGGUUCAGACGGUAGCCACUCCCUAAACACUACUGAAAUAUUUGAUGAAGAAACGCAAACGUGGAGUGUAGGGCCCAGCAUGACCACUGCCAGAGCAAAUGUCGAAUGUUGCGUGGUCAAUGAACGUUUAUACGCUGUUGGUGGAUUUUCAGGUAAAGCCUUUUUAAAUACCAUUGAAUACUUGGACCCGAAAUCAAACGAAUGGACCACCUUUGUUCCCAAAGGCACGUGCGAGGCCAUCGCCCGCCGAAAACCUCGCAGUCGCAAAAACUCGAGGAAGAGCAUCUCGGAAGAUACAAGGAAAACAUCGGUCACCUCACCAACGGAGAUUCUUGAAGCUCUCACUCUUGAAUCCACAGAGGAAGACAGCGACAGGAUAAUUAAAAAGUUAGUGUCGUAGUCGUAAGUCGACGGAGAUUUUUUUAAAGUUAAAUUGAUUAAGAUUAAGGAGAUUAUCAAUAACGAUUGUCGGUAUUAUAGUUUAAGGUUAGCUUUAGGUCUUAUAGUUGAAUGGACGUAUACAUUUUUGACAUAUGGAACUUUAUGAGAUUAUGUCCAGUUUAGAAGAAAUCAGAGAGUUACAGUCAUAGUGGUGCAAGUAAUUUUUUAUUAUUUUGAGAAUAAUGAGGUUUAUCAGAGAUAUUAGACAGUGACUUUUCUGAUAGACCGACAUUGUUGGCUAUAAAACUUUUAUCUGGCUGUAGAUGCCAGCCUGUCGGAAAGUUUGGUGUUUAUUUCAAUUUUCGCCGAUAUCUAACCGGUCUUUUUUUUUCUCUUGCUAUAUUUGAACAAAAUAAUACUGUGAGCUGCUCUUUGAAAUGCUUUUUUCCUACGCUUGUUUGGAAAAAUGCAAUAGUUUUAUUUAGUAAAUACACGAAAGAAAAGCUUACUUUUAUUGGGGCUAUAAAUGUCCCCGGGCGGAUAACCAAGCAACAAUGGUAGCAGACUGUCACAAAACUGAAGAAUGAGGUUCAUCAAUUCAAACUGUAGAACUAACCAUAUUUGGUAUCGUUUCAGUAAAAUCGCAUCACACUUUCAAAAAGUAAUAUUUUUUUUUACAUUUAUUUCAUAUUUCGCUGAUACAUUCGACGCAUAUGUACGUGCUGUGCUCAUCGCACAUUGGACGAAGGCAGGAAAGACAAAGGGACGUAGUUUUCUUCUUUCUUUUAGGACGUCUUUAUCUUCACUCACCAUCUACGGUUUCAGAUGAAGGGUCUUUUUUUUUAAUUUUGCUAAUAAUUCCUUCUGACUUUUAAUUUACCUAAUUUAUUAUCUUAUAUUAUUUUGGGAUUAAGCAACUGCUCAAAAUAUAUUGUAAAAAAAUCGAAAUACAUAGUCAUGUAUGUAUAAAUGCCUGUUUUGAUAAAUUAUUUCGAUAAUAUCGAUACAUCAAGAUAUUCUGCUAGUCUCAUGCAAAAUGAAGCAAACCUUGAGUUUCGAUUUUGGCCACUAUACUCCAGGAUGUGCUACUAAGUAGCCCUAUGUACCCUUAUGCCCUGCCCACCUCAAACCGAUAAAAUAGUUAUUUUUUAACAAUUUGGCAACAGUCAAUAGAACUGAUAAAACUGUUCACUAAUGAACUAACUUAAUAUGAAAACUCUUUAUAGUAACAAUGAUACAAAUCUGACUUUCACUGAAAACAAAACUUUUAUAUGGUAGAACUAGAUGCCCGGAACUAAUAAAAACAAGAUUUUCACUACUUUGUGUUUAACUCUAAAAUUUACUUCUGUCAAUAGUUUAGGAAAAGUAACUUAAGCCACUCUGACUAUAAACUCCUCAAAUAUCAGUUGAAUUUGAUAAUCUUUUCAUGACCAUUACAGUAACACGAUUUUUGUAGCUCUUUUCAAUAUAAUACUGGUAAACUAAUAUAUCAAGAAUUCUUCCUACUAAACACUUCAAUAGGUUUUAUAACCAUAAAAGAUUUAAAUUAAUUUUCUACAUUGAAACAUUAUUUGAUAAGCAAUUUGCAGAGCGCGAAACGGCAUUUAAGUAUAAUAUACAAGUCUUCUGGUAAAAAAGUAUUAAUUUAUAAUAUCUGAUAUUUUAUUAUUAUAUAUUUAUUAUAUAUAUUUACUCAUAAGUAUGUAGUUUGUAUGGAAAUUAAAUUGAUUAUACAGGGUGUCUCACGACGAAUAGAUGCGAUCGAUAUCUCGGAAACUAAUUUUACACAAGGGUUUUGAAAAUUUGGCAACAUGGCACAGUUGAUGGGGGCUACACAUCUAAAAUAUAUUGACAGUUGUGACGUUUCCGGUUAUACCGGAAGUAUGUGCCAACUUCGUUAUGUUAAAUGGAACACCCUGUAUAUUUUUACAUUUUUGGCUUCCACGUGAAAUUCUAGGUAUAUUUUGUGUAUAAUGUCCUACACCUAAGUGUAACCGUUUUUUACAUAUUUUUAAUUUCAUGUGAAAAACUAUGUUUAUAAGCCCUAACAUAAUUACCGAUUACUCCCUUUUAGUAGCCUUUAUUUAUUGGUUAGUUUUGGUUUUAUUUUAAAGGAAGGACCACUUUAAAAGGCUAUUUUAAUAUUUGGCUGAAAAAAAGAUACAGGGGGGUCAAAAACUAGCAAUAAAAAUUAAAAUGAAAAAAUCAUUAAAAGUUAAUUUUUUUAAAUGGAAUCCCCUAUUUUUAUUAUUUUUUUAUAAAGAUAAUUAAAAAUAAGGUUAACUUUGUAUAAGGUUAUCUAGUCCAAAAAUUGAUAGUUUCCGAAAUAUUGGCAGUUUAAAUUUGGCCUAAUAUUAAAACCCGUAUAGUAAACACGGCUUGGUUGAUUAGUUGGGCAUGACGGUUGUCACAGUAACCGCUAGAAGCGGCAGUAAGACAAUGGAUUAUAUGCAUUAAAUUUAUAGGUGACUUGCUAUUUAAGUGUUCUUCGUAAAAGUGUAAUUUAAUGUCUAAUUUAUUAAAAAGUGUACAUUUCUGUUAUAAUCCAUUAUCUUGUCAUGUCUUGUCAUGCCGCUUCUAGCAGUUACAAUGACAACCGUCAUGCCCAACUAAUCAACAAUCCUUGAGCCGUGUUUAUACGGGUUUUAAUAUUAGGCCAAAUUUAAACUGCCAAUAUUUCGGAAACUAUCAAUUUUUGGACUAGAUAACCGUUACAAAGUUAACCUUAUUUUUAAUUAUCUUUAUGAAAAAAAUAGGGGGUUUCCAUUUAAAAAUAUUUGACUUAAUGAUUUUUUCAUUUUAAUUUUUAAUGCUAGUUUUUGACCCCCCUGUAUCUUUUUUUUAGCCAAAUAUUAAAAUAGUCUUUUAAAGUGGUCCUUCCUUUAAAAUAAAACUAACCAAUAAAUAAAGGCUACUAAAAGGGAGUAAUCUUAUAAACAUAGUUUUUCACAUGAAAUUAAAAAUAUGUCAAAAACGGUUACACUUAGGUAUAGGACAUUAUACACAAAAUAUACCUAGAAUUUCACGUGGAAGCCAAAAAUGUAAAAAUAUACAGGGUGUUCCAUUUAAAAUAACGAAGUUGACACAUACUUCCGGUAUAACGUCACAAUUGUCAAAAUAUUUUAGUUGCGUAGCCCCCAUCGAAUGUGUCACGUUGCCAAAUUUUCAAAGUUUUUGAAAAAUUAGUUUCCGAGAUAUCGAUCGCGUCUAUUCGUCGUGAGACACCCUGUAUACUAUAAUUUAUAUACUCUAUGGUGUGUAAGUUCGGUAUUAUUUUUCAUGGCUUAAACUUGAACAGUUUGCUUGAUGAUUCACAGCUUUAAUUAAAAUCAGAUUAUGUAGCAUCACUAGUUAACUGAAAAAAUAUUUUUAUCCAACAUUUCUGUAGGCAGUUUUAAGUCUAUAUUUCAUAAAGUAUGGGAAAUUAACUUUCUUCAAAUUUUAAUCCAUUGGUCACAAGUGUGUAGUAAUUGCGUAAAGUAAUUGACGAGUCAAUUGCAUUUCUUUUGUACGACUCGGAAUAUUAUGGAUUUUUAAAAGUUCUUAGCGACUUAUAUUACUACCUUUUUAAAAAAUUUGAAUUAUAGGAUUUGUGAAACUGAAGAUAUCGCAUAAUAUUCACCUGGAAUAGCACCAUUCUUAAAUGCUCUCGGAUUUUUUAAUCUUAAUAAUCAUCAUUUAACUUGCAUCGAGCAUGAACGAAGGUUACCUUAGAUGUUAGUUAGAAGUUCUAGUUGCCGAUUUUCCUUUAGCAGGCACCAAAGAAUAAUUUCUAGAAUAUUGGCUUUUUGUUUUAAUUCUAGAGCUAAUUGAGUCGUUACUGGUUUUCACAAAUUUUCUUUUCUAUUUUUUAAAGAAAUAGUUUUGAGUGUAUUUUAAUCACUACACAAUUUCUAUUUACUAACUGUAAGCUAACGAAUACAAUAUGCCUGUUUUAAAUAUAUAAAAACUAUCUGCUCGCAUUAAAGUUGUUAUCACCAUACAAUUUUGCGUAAAGUUGUGUGGCCUUUUCUCUUAAAACCUGAAUUGCAUUUACCAAUAUACAGGAUUAUACAGUAACUACAGUAAACAACUAAAAUAUAGAUUUAUUUAUUUUCAAAGUAUAUAUUUCGUCCAAAUUACUGGUGAUAUAGAUUAUAGAAACUUCACUGUAUCUUUAAGACAAUUUGGUAUAUACAUUUGCAUUUUAAUGCAGUAUAUAUUUCUGUAUUUAACUGUUCAUUAUACAUUUUGCACAUCAACUAAGAUCCCUGAAAAAAUUAUACCGAACCAUAUAAAAUGAAUACCACACCUUAAGUUGAGAAAGACAAUAUUCUAUCCUAUUAUUGUUAAUCGUCAAAAGUUGUAGGUUAAAACGAAGAAAUUUGUAUGUAGCAUGUAUAUGUUUUACUUUUGACAGAUUUACUAAUCAGAAUGACUGUAAAAUACAGAUUAAUUAGUAUUUGGAAAACGUCUUUUUUGAAACUAUUAGGUAGAUAAUCUGGCAAAGAUAUAUAAAAUCUAUUUUGCUACUCGGUAAUUUUUAUCAAAAACUAAUUGUUAUACAGUGUUUUGUGUUUAUGAAUUAUCUGCGUAACUAUAAGCAGGGGAUUUUAGACAUUUAUUAUAAAUAGGAGACGUAACUUAGAUAAUGAAUUAUUGUCCCUAAUAUUAUUUAUAUCGUUUGUAUAAUCCCCUUUUUAGAACCUACAAAAUGAAAAUCUAUAUAAAUGAAUUAUGUAAUAGGGCAUAUAUUGAAACACUACUAUAAUGAAUUAUAUUAUAAGUUGUAGGAUAUAGGCUAGUUGCUACUUCAUAGUUUAUUUUAAUUUUGGCAUUUAGAAAAAUAUGGCAGGAUUUGUAUGGGAUCAAGUAUAAUACAUCACUGUGUUUUUUUUUUAAUUUCAGCUCAAUUAGUAGAUAUUAUGUUAUUUAUAAAUUUAAUAUUGUUUUAAAUAAAAUUGUUUGUUUCUUA